GCGUGGUCAAGUUUUGACGGGCCAACCCGGUUACCUCUCUUGACUCUUGACGGAGAGAGUACACAACACAAAGAGAGAAGGGGAGAGAGAGAGAGAGAGAGAGAGAGAGAGAGAGAGAGAGUCUUACGAGUUAGUGAGAGAGAGAGAGAGAGAGAGAGAGAGAGAGAGAGAGAGAGAGAGAGAGAGAGAGAGAGAGAGAGUCUUACGAGUGAGUUAGUGAGAGAGAGAGAGAGAGAGAGGAGCCUUGGACGUUUGUAAGAGAGAGAGAGAGAGAGAGAGAGAGAGAGAGAGAGAGAGAGAGGAGCCCUUGGACGUUUGUAACUUGACAAUGGCAGUCGUCGUGAACUCUUUCAUCGUGGCUCUCGAUCUGGAGACGCAGCGCUUACUAGAGUUAGGAUGCACGGAAUGGGGUCUGAGGGUGGUUCAGGUGGACGGUCGGUUCUUUGAUGCACCAGAGGCGGGGAACUCUUGUUGGGAUUUCAAGUUUUACGAACUUUCUCUGGGCAAUGUUGUUUCCUUGAACGAAGGUGUAGGUUUCGUUACGGACUACAUGAGGCAUCCUUUUGUGCCUGUCGUGGAAGCAACUGUGUUUCAGGGCCGUACGGUUCCUAUACACGUCGGUUUGCCAGACUGCCCGCCACUGUGGGCACCUAUCCUGCACAUCAUCGGUGAUGCCGACGUUUUCCAGUCUGCGUGUAACGGGGGGUUUUCUAUCAAAUGCGAGUGGUGGGGAGGAGAGGGGCGAAGACUGGAAGACUCGUCUUGGGAUCAGGUACCAGCCGUCGAUGGUGAUUCUAGUAGGAGGGGAGACGAUUUGGUCAAGUAUCUUUGCCGCGAGCGUGGAGCGUUUAGUUGGAUAAAGGGGAACAUCGUGUCAUCGUCCGAGCUGGUGAUCUUAGGAGUGGAUGCGAGGGACAGAUUCGCCGCGAGGGCUGCGGGUGUGGCUGCUGCCCCCCAUCCUGGUCCUGCUCUUCCUGAGUACUUUUCCUUCCCUGGAUGGUUUCAGCCCGACCAGGGGUUAUGGCCGGGCAGGGGCAUGAUGCCGUCAGACAACCCUAUGUGGUGCCAGAUGACACAGGAUCUGCUGCAUGUUACGGAAGGCGGCUUCCUGAGUGGUCAGCAGCAGCAGCAGCAGCCGCCGCCGCCAUCAGCGCCUGGGCAGUUUGCGAUAUCAGGAAUCCCUCCUGUCGGCGCGAUAGGUGGGGAGUUAGGACCAGGAGUGACACCGGAAGAGAACCUCCUUCUGUCGCUUCAGCUGAGUGUGUCAUCCGGGUUAGAUAUGUCAUGGGCCAGGAAGGUGACGAAUGCAGCUCGACAGGAAUUCGUACGUAGCUGCGCGGAGGGAAGCAGUCGUCGUACGGAGUCCAAUUUUUCGGACGGCGGUAGUCCGUUCCUGUCGCUCUCAAGCUUUACUCCGUUAUCGCCGCCUUUUAAGAUGCCGAGAAUUGUAGACGAGACGGAGGAGAAUGGCAGACCGGAAGAGUAUGUGCCAGCGGUUCAACUAGAGGAUACUCGCGAAGUGAAAGAAGAGUCGGAGAGGGAGAGAUCAGAAUGGGGAUCUGCUGACGUGAGUGCGGCGGCGAUUUCAUUAAUGGCUGAACCAAAGGAGACGGUGGGCCAGAGAGGAGUUCCGGAACAGAUGCCAGCGCCUGCGUUUAGCAAUGGUGGAGCAGAGGAGAUGGCGAGGAAGGAGGUGGACGCAGUGGUAGUAGCAGGAGCGGCAGCUGCAGGCAGCGGCGGCGCUGGAAAGCGCCCUCUGGAAGCCUGUCGGCAGCAGCAACGGCAAUUGACCCGAGGCGGAGCGCUACCCACACGCGAGCUCGGACCGGAUGACUGGUUGCCAGAAGACAUGUUCAGUGAGCGGUACGUUCCUCUGGCGGUAGUUAGGCAAGGGCGGGAAUUGAACAAGCAAGCGGACUGCGUCCGUUUGAUGACAAAUAGCGGCUUGCUGAUGUCCGGUGCGGAUUCGCCUUCGUCAACGCCUGGCAAAGUGGCCGCUCGUAUAGCUCUGAUUGGAGACGGGCCUGACGCGCAGGACUUGCUAGACGAGGUGUCGAAGCUUCCUGGCUUCGAGUUCUUCCUGGCCUACGGCGACAAGCAGUACGAAGGUAUUUCCGCUGUCGACGAGUUGGAUUAUGUUCACAAGUGGAUGCGGCGCAGUUGCGAUUUCUCGGAUCCGAGCAGAGGGGUGAAGGAGGUGGCCGGCGAGAUAGGCCUCCUCGCCAUGACGUGUGCGCUAUGCGACUGGAGCGGCCCGUUCGCGUCGUCCCGUUAUUCCGACGGCGGUAGCGAGUGCUUCGAACGGGCGACGCUGGUGGCCAAGGAGCGCGAAGCCACUCACGUGAACCUUUCGCUCUUGAAUCGGCUGGCGAGUCGCGAUCCGUGUUUGACUGUGAUUGGGGCGUCUGUGCGUGAUCUUCCAACGGAGUUGGAGAAAGGGGAGUACUGGUUCUUUUGGUCCGAGUAUGGGGAUCCGAUGAGCUCGGAGGUUCACGUCUUCAACAUGCCUAUCCCUAGAUCCGACUUCCAAGGCCGCGUGGAAGAAGUAAACGAGGACGAGGGAGAGGAAGGAGGCGUUGACGGGAAGGGUGGGCCGAGGAGCGGCGGCGGCACAGACUGCUGCGCGAAGAAGAAGGUACUGCGGCUGGACGUGAGCGGUCUGGGCCUCGGGAAUGCCGAGGGCUGUCCCGGCGGCGUUUUCGAAGUUCCACUGAAAUCGAAAUUCGAGUCAAUCGUCAAACUGGGAAGGUCAAGAUGGGCACGAGUGAUGAAGAUGAAGCCCAUGGUGCUUUACGCCAAAGAUGUGCUGCGCAAUCAGACGGUCGCGAUGCCGCGAACCGUGAUGUCCUACGUGUCAUGUUGUCGGAUACGUCUGGGUCUCGACGGCUCUACGUCCAACGGGAUGGGGAUCGAUACCAUCGAGCUGCAGGUCACGACGACCAGCUUGGACAGUUUCGAGAUGCCGAGAUAUGGGCGGAAUGGGGCAACAGAGCCGUUCGGCUUUCGUAGCACGAACGCCGGAAGGUAUGCGCAUGCUCCAGAGUCCUACCGGGCUUUGAUUGAGCCACGUGUCGCCGAGGUGUUCGACAGGAUCCUCCCGAUGGUUACUUACGGAAACAGAGAUAUGUCGGCUGCUGAGCGGGCUGGAUUAGGAAAAUUCAGAGCUCAUCCACUGAUGUGCAGAGUGCAAGACGUGGAGAGGGCAGUUGCGAGAGCUCUAGGAAUGGGAGAGGGAGACGUUCGCAAUCCAGUGCGAACGCUCCGCCACCCUGUGAAUGCGACCAAUUGCGCCUGUCUCGCGGAUGGCAUGAUCGCUCAGGGAAUGUUGCAACUGUGUUGGGUUUUGAAAAGCGGCUCCCGGCCGGCCGAGCUUUACCAAGUCGGCAGAUGGUCGCUGCGUAUAAGUAUGAUGGGCGAUCGACAGGAGCAGCUGCAUGCGGUACUAGGUUUGUUGGAAGAAGCUCGCUGGGAGUGCAAGAAUGGAUCAUCAGACCUCAGCAGCCGCCGCCGCCGGCGUCGUCGUCGUCGUCGUCCUCGCACUCGUCCUUCCGGUCAGGCGUUGACUCGCCUAUCUGACAAGGACGAGACGUGUUCUUCUUCAGAUGAUGAAAUCAUUUGCCAGCAUUUGAAAGCCAUAGAUUCUACCGGUUUGGGUGUUCAGAGUGAUGGCACGGGAUGGCUGGAGUACCGGGACUUGUUGUGCAAAGCGGUCGAGGCUCUUUCACAGAAGCAAAAGGGAUCCGCCCGCGUUUGUUGCCGUUGAUGCUCACAGGGGUGCUAUCCUAGAUCGGCGGGGAUUAGCUAGCCAGCAGGCUAGUCAGCCAAGCUUUGAGAUUGAAUGGUCGGCAAAGAGCCAUGGUACACAGCAUCUACCGCGGUAGGUGCGUGGCGGACUGAAUAAGGCUCCAACAUGAUAGUCUUUCAUGAUAUAAUAUAAUGUAAUAAAAUAUAAUAUACUGAUAUAUAAUUACAGGAGUACAGCAAUGAUGAUGAAGUAGAAUCUGUAGAUAAUGAUCUGUAAAUGGAUGAUGUUGAUGCAGAAUGUAAUUAGACAGAUGAAUGGCUGGGUAGCAUAGACUCAUGGCAGGGUUGAAGGUGAGAGCAGGCUGCGGGAGAGGCUGGACUGUCUAUGGGACGUUUAUGGUGGUGCGGGUCUGUUCAUGGACGUUUGUACCGGUGCUGAACUGUCUAUAGACGUUUAUCCUAGUGCCAUUAGCUC